UCGACCUCCCGCCCGGGGAUUGGAGAGGCUACCUGUCAGUGAAUAUUAGUCCCACAAGCACGCACCCUCCCCGCCUCCUCCUAAGAGAACCGAAGACGGCAGACAGCGACGGCCAGAGCCAUCGUAAGCGCGCUCCUUACCUGGACCCACCUGGCGAGAAGGCACGGAUGGACGGGCAGAUGCAGCCCGCCGACGAAGGCCCCUCCGUGGCCAAGAUGAACCGCCGUGGCCCCGCCAGGAGCCUCCACCGCAAGUCCGCCUCCAUAGAGCGUUCGCUUUUUACUGACGCUCGACAGUUUGCGUUCCAGCAUUUCCCUUUCCAGGCACAGAACCAGCAGCAGAGGUUCCCCUGUGAAGGCAGGCCCAGCUCCGGGGUCCCGACAUCCACCUCCGCGGAGGCAGCGGGCGGCGUUGUUCUCCUUACCCAGCAGCGGCGCGCCAUUGUCGGCAUAGCAGAGUCCACGCUCGCCGCUGGGCGACUGAAGCAGGAAUCUCCAGACUGCACGUUUGGGAUUACUUCAGAGAACCGACUCAUCUUGGAUGCCUUCGCCAAGGAGUGCAGUCGAGUGCUAAGCCUACUCAACAAUGGACGGCUGCUGGAACCCUCGCCGUCCAUCCCCUCCAGUGUCAAGAUGGAGGAGGGUUCAGGCACCAGUCAUGGUUCCAGACCUGAGGAGAGUUCCUCUUCUUCAUCCACUGAGCCAGAAGAGGAUGUGCAACAAAGCCAUUUGAACCAACAACAGACCUCUGCUGUUCUGCGCAUCUUCACGGACUCCCUGCAUAGUUAUCUGCUCUCAGGGCAACAGAAACAGCCUCAACUUGUUUUGGGCUUGGUUGAUGAACAGUCCCAUUCGGCCGAGCCCGGUUCUGAGGUCUCACCCCCAAGACGCACCCAGGUGGGCUGGGGCUCCCCGACUCCGUCCGACUCAUACGGACAUCCUUCGUCCACGCUGCCGGAAGAGGAGGACGAGGAGGAGAGCUGCUGCCCUCGUUGCCUGGAGCUGGAGCAGGAAGUGCUGUCUCUGCAGCAGGAGAACGAGGAACUCCGCAACAAGUUGGACACCGUCCCAGUACCCUGUCAAAAUGUUCUCGACUACUUCAAGAAUGUUGUUGAGUUUCACAACCAACUGGUGCCACCGAUGCCAGAGGAGCUGCUAACAGAAGAAGAAGAACAGCAGACAGUCUUUGAGGGAAGCAAACAGCUGCUGGAGAACUACCCGCUCUUCAUCACCAAUAAGCAGUGGGACGAGGCAGUCAACUCUUCCAAGAAAGACGGCCGGCGGCUGUUGCGAUACCUCAUACGCUUUAUCUUCACCACUGAUGAGCUCAAGUUCUCCUGUGGCCUGGGCAAACGGAAGCGCUCGGUCCACUUGAGAGAGCCGGGCUUGGAGAGACGACCGCUCAAUCCCGUCAAAGUCAGCUGCCUGAGAGAGUUUAUCCGGAUGCACUGUGCCUCUAACCCAGACUGGUGGAUGCCUUCUGAGGAGCAGAUCAAUAAAGUUUUCAGCGACGCCGUAGGCCACGCUCGGCAAGGCCGCGCCGUGGGCACCUUCCUGGGGGGCGGAGGUGGCAGCAUCCUCUACCUGGACAGCUUUGACGGACACCUGUCUCAGGACGAGCUCUAUUUGAAAAGCUCUCACAAUGGUCAGUUGGACUGAAUGACAGACAUCAAAUGUAGCUAUCCAGCAACAUAUUCCAAGACAGUGACCUUAACCUGUUACUUUACAACGGAGACGAGGAACCCUUUUCCUAUCAGGGGCCAAAUCCUUAAAGGGUCAUACAAAAUUUAUGA